UGAUUGGUUUACGUGCGAAUUUGGUAAACAGAAAUGAAAGCGAUCGAUUGUUUAUGUUUUGUUUAAAUAUACUUUCAUGCUCAUGACAUCUAUGUAACGGAACAACCAGCUAAUCAGUACGCACAUUUGAUUCAUAUGAUAUAUGAUAGAUUAUAAGAACCAUUUCCUUUAAUCAGCUAAUUGACAGUGUUUUGACUUUUCUUACAAAUUUCACUACAAAAAGGGGAGUCGCUGAUAGAAUGUUUGGUCCAUACCAAAAAAUAUAAGGAUAUUACCAACUGUAGAUCACUUGCCUAGAACAAAUAUUCAUAUCAACAGAUCAUUCUAUACAGGCAUCUCAUUCCCAAGAACACAUUUUGUUACAGCAGUUCUGAGUAUGUGAUAUGACCGAGGAAGAAUCAGAAUCUGACCAACAACCUAAACGGCUCAAAUCUAAAUCUUCAAUGGUGUGCUCAUUUUUAAGAUUUGUAAACAAAACAUCAUAUAAUGUUGAUAUUGUUUGGAUAAACUAUGAAGGCCAUAGGGCACGAUACAAAACAUUAAGAUCUAAUGAAUUUGUUGAUGUUAACACUUAUGUUGGACAUCCAUGGAUAUUUAUAGACUCUGACACAGGAAAUCGUAUGGUCGUUCAGAUGAAAGAAGUAUUUGAACCAACUGAAGGUUGGAAACCUGAAGACAACGUUCAACCUCAAAGAAAAAUUUACAACAUAACUAUUCCUUUGUAUCCUUUAAAGGAAAGAUGUCUACAGUAUUUGUCACAGAUAGUCAAACAAGAGAACAUAGAAGAAUUAGACCUACCAAGAAAUAUAAUAACAGACUUGGAAGAUAAGUUUGAGACAUUUAGCAGGAGAAAAAGAAUUAGCUGAUGGUGCUAAAAAAGGGGAUAGUUGGAUGAAAACAAUAGCAGCACAGAUUAAUAUAUUUCUAUAUGUUUUUGUGUGAAUAACAGAGAUCUUAAAUGUUCUGCAUACAUGUAAUAACUUGGGGAGGUAUAAGGGAAAAUAACAUACUUUUAACUGUUGUACAUGUACACGUAAUGGGUAUCCAUUUCUUGCAUUUAAUAAAUACAUAUGGUGUGGCAAAAUGUGAUAUUAAUUUCAUGCUGUAGAGAAACCAAGAAAAACAUUUUUGAAAUUGUUUUUAAAAAUAUGGUCAUCAAUUUAACAUUGAAAUUAUACAGCAGUUGUCUCCCUUUGUUCAAUUUUGAAGAAGACAAAUAAACACAUCAGCAUAGUAGAAUAUUCUUCAUGUAGUGUAAACAAAUAAACACCAUUUAGUAAAAAUGACCCAAGAGGAACUUUGGUUAUGUCCACCAGUGUAAUAAACAUUUGUCAUGUUUGUAAAGUAUAUAUUAUUCUUUUUUUCAUGUUAUAAUUUUCUGUUAUUUAAUAUUUUUAUUAUUGUGACCUACAUUUUAUGAUUGACUGCUUUAUUUUGGAAUUAUUUAUGAAGUACACAUGAUCACAUACACAUGAUGGAUCUUAUAUGGCAGGACAUCUGUAUUAUACAUUUUUGUAAAGAAAUUUUAAUAAAAGAAAAUGUAUUUGUAUAAGCAAGAACAGAGCUUUACUAGUUUGACUUUGACAAUGAAGGCAGACAUUUUGAUAUUGAUGGAUUGCCAUAGAAAGUUUUUCUUUUGUUUUAUAUUGUCUUGCAAAUAUGAGAUUAUAAAUUAUAAUUUAUUGUGAAAAUUUUAAUUGAAUAUGAAUAAAUUACUGUAUAUUCAACUUAAAACUUAGUACACAUGUUCCCUAUGAUAUGAUCUUUCUAAUUUUAAUGCCACAGUAGAUUUUUUAUCACAAUUUCACGGUCCACUGAACAUAGAAAAGGAUAGUGCAAGUGGGGCAUCUGUGUACUGUGGACACAUUCUUGUUUCAUUAUUGAUAUUAAGAUAUUAUUUGGUUUGGAUGUUUGAGACAUAAUUGAUAAGGGUAUUGAGACUUUUCAGUAUAGUUCAUCUGGAAUAUCCAAAAAUCUCUUUUUCUAGCUACUUGAAGAUGUUGUCAGAGAUAAAAUUGAGAAUGGAAAUGGGGAAUGUGUCAAAGAGACAACAACCCGACCAUACUAGAGCAGAAGGUCACCAACAGAUCUUGUUUAUAUAUAUAUAUAAAUUGUGUUAACAAGCAGUUACCUUAUAAAAGUUAAAUGCCUUUUU